CUUUAUUUCUACAGAUCGACUCUCGUUAAACAAAAAAUCUUCACCUUUUAUUCUUCUUGUUAAGCAGUCCUAUACUGAUGGCGCCUUCUAAACCCAAUUGGGCCAACGAUUCUGUCACUGACUUUGUCAUAAACAAAGGCAAUGGAGUAAAGGGUCUCUCAGAAACUGGCAUCAAAACCCUUCCCGAACAAUAUAUUCAGCCCCUGGAAGAGAGGACUAUGAGUAAGGUCAUGGUCGGAGAGUCUAUUCCGAUCAUCGACGCGUCUAACUGGGAGGACCCCAAAGUCGGGGCGGCGAUAUGCGAUGCUGCGGAGAAAUGGGGUUUCUUUCAGAUCAUCAAUCAUGGCAUACCCCAGGAAGUUCUUGACAAUGUCAAAAACGCGACAUAUCGCUUCUUUGACUCGCCUGCUGAGGAGAAGAACAAGUACUCCAAGGAGAAUUCGGUAUCCAACAAUGUCCGAUACACCACAAGCUUCAUUCCUACAGUCGAGAAGGCUCUGGAAUGGAAAGAUUACCUCAGUCUCUUCUAUGUUUCCGAGGAUGAGGCCUCUAAGUUGUGGCCUUCUUCUUGCAAGGAUGAAGUUUUGGCCUACAUGCAUAAUGGAAGCAUAGUUGUGAAGCGACUGUUAAGUGUGCUACUCAAGGGAUUAAAUGUGACUGAAAUAGACAGUGAAAAAGAACAGCUUGUUACAGGUUCAAAGAGGGUUAACCUCAAUUUCUAUCCCGUUUGCCCAAACCCAGAACUCACCGUUGGAGUUGGCCGCCACUCUGAUGUCUCAGCAUUUACCGUUCUCCUUCAAGAUGAUAUCGGUGGGCUUUAUGUCCGAGUGGAGGGUAAGGACAGUUGGGUUCAUGUGCCGCCGGUAAAAGGGUCUCUUGUUAUCAACAUAGGUGACGCAUUGCAAAUAUUUAGUAAUGGGCGUUACAGAAGUAUUGAGCACAGAGUCGUAGCUAAUGGAAACAGUAACAGGAUCUCAGUUCCUCUUUUCAUUAACCCAAGGCCAGAGGAUAUCAUCGCUCCAUUGCCUGAAGUGCUCGCCAGUACUGGAGAGAAACCGAUUUACAAACCAAUUUUGUACUCGGACUACGUCAGGCACUUCUACAGGAAGUCACACGAUGGAAAGCUUACCAUUGAUUUUGCGAAGGCAUAAAUGGAUUUUUUUGUUUUCGUUCCAAGCUCACUCUUGAUUCUUUACAAGCUCACUCUUGAUUCUUUUCAAGCUCAUGUUGUAGUAAUGACGAACAAUAAUAAGUUGUAAUAAGUAAUGAAAUAUACUUGAUUAAGAUGUAAGACCUGUUUACAGGAAUAAGUUUAAAUAAUCUUAUAUUAAGAGACAUUUAUUGUACCCCCUUCAGUUCAUGCAAAGUUCCGGAGAAGUAGUCGGAGUCCAUACAUUUUGUAAUAAACAAGAUCUCGUUAUACAUAUGCAUAAUUGUUUUAUUAAAUAAUAUGUACUAAUGAUGUCUCCAUAUGUGCAAAGACAUUAAUCAAGAAUGCUAAGAAUGAGAGAAACCCCUGA